GCCAGCUGAAGUCCUUCAUGUUCUUACUCUUCAAGUGUCAGGACUUACUCAGAAGUUAUAAUGUAACGGUGCAUCAUGCAGCAGUUGUGAGGGAUUUUUCUGACGAAUUGCACGGAAACACAGGCACAGAACGUCAGUAAACAAAAAGAGACUGAGAAUGUACUUAGAGUGUAGGAAGGCCCGGUCCCGUGUGGCAGCCCAGUGCAGACGGGAGAAAGAAAGCCAGCUGUUCAGAGAGUUAGCAACCCUGCUACCCCUUGCCCCAUAUGAGGCAGAUCAGCUGGAUAAAGCCUCUGUCAUUAGAAUCACAAUCUCCUACCUGCACCUCAGAGCUUUACUGGAUGCUCCCGACCCCACUUCAGUAGAAGCUGUGAUGCAUCCUGUCUCAGAAAGUCAGGGUGAGCUGCCAGAAUCAAUCGAGAUGCGGUUUCUAGAUACACUUGAAGGAUUCCUGCUCUUAAUGUCCUUGUGUGGCAAGAUUAUCUUCAUCACAAAGGAUGUGGUCUCGCAUAUAGGAAUCAAACAGAUGGAUUUGAUUGGCCGGAGUUUGUUCGAUUUCAUUCAUCCCUCCGAUCACAAGGAGAUCAAGGAGAUUCUUACAAAGAUAACAGGGAGUGAAGACCAGCAGAAGUGUGAGGUUUUCUUCCGAAUCAAAGGUGCAGUGAAAAACAUGCUGACUCCCUGGCAGGUGAUUUACUGCACCGGAAACAAAAAAUCAUCAUCUAUUUCAGGAUCCAGCUAUCUGCUUCUGCUGUGCAGAUCUUUACCUGUGCAAGAAGUCAUUGAGAUGGAGGCUCAUCUGAAUUUCAAAACAUUCCUGAGCAUCCAUGAGCCAGACAUGAAGUUCACCUAUUGUCACUCUGGGGUCUUGGAGUUGACUGGCUUUAGUGACACUGAGCUGUACGGCCAGUCUGUGUACCAGUACUAUCAUCCGUCUGAUUGCCAGCAUGUCUUCAAGGCACACCUCUGUUUGUUCUCAAAGGGCCAGGUGUACACUGGGAAAUAUCGGCUCCUACGGAAGCACGGUGGCUACGUUUGGGCUGAGACGGAUGCUGCAGUCGUGUACAACGUUCGCACAGGGAAGCCAGAGAAAAUUGUAUGCAUCAACUAUAUUAUAAGCGGUGUGGAGCAUCCAGAUGUGGUGUUUUCACUUGAACAGAAAAAGUCCCAGCUGAAUACCUUCCAUGUACCAUACACUACGACAACACAUAAUGAGACCAAUCAGGCGAUGUCUACAACCAGUGACAAGGACUCCAGCUUUGUGAGCUUUCCCUACGGACCUACCGACAGCUGUACUGAGAUCCUGCACAGCGCUGCUUUGUGUGGCUCAUAUUCCAGCGAUGUGUAUGAACUGGAUUUGGAUAGUCUAGCCCCAUACAUUCCCACACAUGAGGAGGACUUCCAUUUAACUCCUAUUUUAGACAGAGUGGGAAAUGUUUCAGUAUUAAACAGUCACCCGCCCUCUCUCAGCGAGACAUGGUUAACUCUGGACCAAAAGCUGCCCACAGAUUCAGAAGCAGUCUGUUUCCAUAGGCGAAACAUCAACAAGAACUCUAUGCUCAUUUCACCGAGCCAAUGGCAUGACAGCGCACACGUAACAAACAGAAAACCACAGGAGCGGUUUAGGAGUCAAAUCUCCAUUCCUGAAAAAAAGUGGACAGACUUCUCUCAACGUCUGACUAAAACUUUCUCUGAAGACUUUGACGAAAGAACGGUCUGGACGUACGGCCAGAGUUUCGCAGAGCUUGUGCAUUUGGCCUACAGAUACGGCGAGCUCUCGUGCUGUCCUCCGGGACCUUCAUGGCAACACAGCAACCAAAACACUGAGGAAAACACACCCACUGUGUUGGUGAACUUGCCCGUACUGAGCAGGUGGGAAUGUGAAGUGAACGCGCCUCUUGGUCCCAUGUCACAUUUACUUCAAGGGACUGAACUCACCAACGUUCUGGAUCAGGUUGCUUCAGGAGUGUGCUGGUACUGAAGAAGUCCUUUCUAAACGUCUGAAAUGGAUGUGAUUAGAGCCAUUUCCCCAUUACAGUUACAUUAAGGAUCAUUCCACAACCGAGGUGCCAUUUGCUCUUGAUAUUCCAUUAAUAAAUAUGUAUUUAAAUGCAAAACAGAAUUCAGACGGGUAGCUUUAAUAAAACCUGCAUCUUUAGCACAUAGUCCCAGACUGUUAGUGUUACCCAUCACAAAAAAAUCCUAUUAUUUUGCAUUCAUGUGUGAAUUCAUUCAACAUCGCAUCCCCCAUGAGUCAGCCAUUAUGGGCUAUGAUGCACAUUCAACCCUACGAAAUAGUUCCCCAUGUCAAAUGUUCAACAGGAGGUUGCAUCGUUGGAAGUUCCUGAAGAUCAUGGGAGGAAGAAUACAGUCAUUUCAUUCUUUUUCUUCAGUGACAUCUUUCUGAGCUUUCUGAGAUCUUUCCCAACGUUAAUUCACUGAAGAAAUUCAUUUUAAACAAAUCAUCAGAACUCCCUUAAUGUUCUUAAUAUGCUAGUUAACCACAUUUUGUAUCAUAGCUAAUCCUGGGCUAAAAAUGACACGUCCGUAUCCAGAGCUAAAUGGCACUGCAUUUGUGGAAUCAACCCAUACAUGCUGUAUUUUAUGACAGUCUUAUUUUUGCUUAGCCAGUCUUGUGAAAUGUUUGCCGUAUAUUAGCUUUAGGUAAUACAGUUGUAUAUUAGUGUAUUUCUCAGAACCGAGUUGUUUUCUUCCCCUAUCCACAAGACCACAAUAUUCCACACCCAACAUGCACUAGACAAAUAGACCAUAUUUAUAUCAUGCAAAUCACUGGGAAUAUACUAACAAAUACAGCCCUGGUCAAAAGUUUAGAGAACGACACAAAUAUUAAUUCUCACAAAUUCUGCUGCCUCAGAUUUUGUUUUCUUACGAAGAAUGAUCAGAUGAAUUAGGAUUCAUUGCAAAGUCCCUCUUAAACCCCCCCCCCCCCAAACCCUUUCCACUGCAUUUCAUCCCUCCACAAAAAGACCAGCUGAUAUCAUGUCAGUGAUUUUCAUACACACAGGUGAGAGUGUUGACAAGGACAAGGAUGGAGAUCACUCGGUCACGCUGACUGAGUUAGAAUAACAGACUGGAAGCUUUAAAAGUGCUUGAAAUCAUUGUUCUUCCUCUGUUAGCCAUGGUUACCUGCAAGGGAACAAGUCCUGUGUCACGCCAACAGUAAAGCAUCCUGGGACUAUUCAUGGGUCGGGUUGCUUCUCAGCCAAGGGAGUGGGUUCACUCACAAUUUUGCCUCAGAACACAGCCAGGAAUAGAGAAUGGUACAGAAACAUCCUGAGAGCAACUUUCCAAGAAGUGACGAACAAUUUACAGCCUUUUACAGCAUAAUGUAGCAUCUUUAUAUGGCAAAAGUGAUAACUAAGUGGCUCAGUUGGGAACAAAACAUCGGAAUAAGGUCCCCCUUGAGAACUUGCGGUCAAUCCUCAAGAGGCGGGUGGACGAACAAAAACCCACAUAUUCUAACAAACUCCAAGUAUUGAUUAUGCAACAAUGGGCAGUAGUCAGGAUAGGGUCUAGAAGCUGACUUAUGCAUGCCAGGGUGAAUUGCCUUGAAAAAGAAGGGUCAACACUGCAUAAGCUUAAUGGAAUGGUCAAUAAAAGCAUUUCAUGCUUAUGAAAUGCUUGUAAUUAUAUUUCAGUAUACCACAGUAACAUCUGACACUGAAACACUGAAGCUGCACUUUAUGAAAAUUAUUAUUUUGUGUCACUCAAAACUUUUGGCCACGGCUGGACAUUAGUGCUGCUAGCUGUAAUGACGUAUCUCUCAAAGCUAAGGAUCCACUCCAAAGCAAAAAAAAAAAAUAGUAGUAUCUAUUAUAAAUAGCCAUCCUUCCAGACUUCAAGGUCUAGAUAUGAAAUGUUUUAAUAUCAGAUAUUUACUUAUACUAUUAAAAGAGUAGUAUACCUACAACCUGGGAAUACUUUAAACAGUGUUUUCCUUGUAUAAGCAAGAGUUUCGUGUAGAAGAACCCUGAGUAGAUGUACACUGGAUACAUGCAUGUUGUUAUGAAGAUCUAAUUUUUCUAAUGUUUCAGUAUACAUUUGAUUCAAAUAACUCAUUAAAUCACAUUCAAGACUUCAUCCAUGUUAUGUAGAGUUUAUAAAAGUGCAAAGAACAAUAAGAGUCCAUGAAGUCUGGUUU